AUGUCUCAAAAAGAACAAGAAGAUAAUCUCCUUCACAAUUUAAAAGAUGUUGGUUUGUCUUCGGAUCAAAUUUUCCAACUCUUGAUGGAGAAGGAAAAAACCCUUCAAAAACAGGAAGAAAGAAAAAUCAAGGAAUUAGAAAGUAAUGGCAGACAAAGUACAAGCACUAGCCAAUGCACAAAUUCUAAUCAAGACAAUAUUAGUAGAAAGAGAACACUUGAAUCAUCUCCAGCCAUGUUAUUAAAUUUAAUUAAGAAAUCUAAGCGGAAUGGUAAAACCUUGAUGGAUUUGUGUAACGAUGAAAUAUUAUUGAUUUUUGAAUAUCUUUCAAACUUUGAUGUAUUUAAAAUGUCACAAUUAUCUAAGGGAUUUAGAGAUUUAGUUGAACAAGUCAAUGUAUUACAUUUGGUUACAAAAAUAAGAAGUUCUACACUAAUUCAUUUUAUGAACAGUAGAUAUUUUUAUAAUAUUCAAAAAUUAAUUAUUGAUAUCACUAUUCCUCAUAUUAUUGCACAAUCUGUUUUGACUUAUUGUAAUUCCAAUAGAUUGAAGGAACUAAAACUUACUGUUGAUGAUAACUCUGAAGACACUCUUUCAUUUUCCCAGUUCAAGGAAUCAUCAUUCAAAAAUUUGGAGAAGUUACAUAUUAUUUGUGGAGAAAAAUACGUAAUCCAGUUGGAUAAUAUCGAGCUAUUCAAUCUAACAGAUUUGACAAUUGAUGGCGCUUGUUGCCCAUUUCAAUAUUAUUUAAAUAAGCAUGUUAACAAUAUCACUAGAUUGCAUUUGGAAAAGGUUGAACAUUGUACAUUAUCUGAACUUCCACUUGUUGAACUUAAACACUUAACUAUAAGGGACAGUAAUUUAUCAAUAACAACUAUUGCAAGCUUGUUAAAUAAUUCGGAAUAUUUGGAAUAUGUUAAUCUCUUUAAUGUUUAUGGAUUCGAUAGUGAUGAAGAGGACGAAGAGGAAGAGGACGAUUCAAUAGAAGUAGAAUUACCUUCUUUACAAACUUUAAUCAUUAACAAUGUUUGUCAUACAUUUACUUCUCUAAUAUUUAAAUCAGAGAUGCCAGAUUUGAAUUAUUUCACAAUUCAAAAGAUGUUGAAAUCAGAUGCAGAAAUAUUAAAGGACAAUGCAUCUAUUACAUCUUUGAAAACGCUAAAAGUCGAGGAAGGGAUUGAAGAAGGAGCCAUGUCACUAUUAGUGCAGUCUAGUACCUUCUUCAACGAAAUAGAAUGUAUACGUAUGGAAUUUAAAAGUGAAACAAUAGAUCCUAAAUCUUUAGUGUAUAUCUCAAGCAAGCCUAAUUUAUUUCGUAACCUUACUGAAUUGGUUUUACAUACAAUUGAUGGCGGUAGUACAAUGGAAGGAUAUCAAUCCUUCUUUACCUCUAAGAAUAUUUCUAAUAUCAAAAAAUUAUCUUUGGUAUGUCCAUGGGAUUCUCAAGAUUUGAUUUUUUUAGCCAACACAACAGUUUUACCAGAGUUGACCAGACUAACCAUUUUCGAUACUCUCUAUUAUGAAAAAUUUAAUGAUGAUUUUUUCUCUACCUUUGCUAAAAAUAGUAAUUUCAAAAACUUGGAGGAGCUGAGAAUUAGUUUCAUUAAUGAUGAUGGUAUUAGAGAAAUUUUAGACUCUCGCCAUCUUAACAAAUUGAAAAAGAUUGUUGUUAGUGAAAUGGUUGUCACUGCUUGGGGAUUCAAACAAUUAGAGAAUCGAGGAUUGGAAUGGACAACUUUUGAAUCAAUCAAAGAGGAUUCUGAUAGCGAAGAGGAAGAAGAAGAAGAGGAUGAUGAGAAUAGCGAACAAUAA